AUAUGAGAAAUAGCGGUUAGCAUUAGCGCUUUUCCCCCCGUGUGGAGUUCAGUGAGCAGCGCUGUUCCGGUGUACCUGUAGCCGGUGGCACAGCACUUUGCACUGGGGUGAGUGCGCGGCUCUUCAGCGAGCUUUCCGCGUCACGGAGUCCAUCUUAACAGCCCUGUUCCUGCCUGGAGAAAACUAUCGGCGUGCUGUCCGCGUGCACAGGUUAAUAUUCUUCACUUCCGGUUUGUAUCCAAGCUUCCGGUUGGAGACAUGGCUAUGAGACAGACUCCUCUCACGUGCUCGGGUCACACCAGGCCGGUCGUGGACCUGGCCUUCAGUGGGAUCACACCUUAUGGAUACUUCCUGAUCAGUGCGUGUAAAGAUGGCAAACCGAUGCUGCGCCAGGGGGACACAGGGGACUGGAUCGGGACGUUCCUGGGUCACAAAGGUGCUGUUUGGGGCGCCACCUUAAAUAAAGAAGCCACGAAGGCGGCCACGGCGGCUGCGGAUUUUACUGCAAAGGUGUGGGACGCGGUCACGGGAGACGAGGUCCUUACCCUGGCCCACAAGCACAUCGUCAAAUCUGUUAACUUCACGCAGGACAGUAACUGCCUUUUGACCGGAGGAAAUGAUAAAGUGCUGCGUAUUUAUGACCUCAACAAGCCCGAAGCAGAGCCGCAGGAGAUCUCGGGCCACACCUCCGCCAUCAAGAAGGCGCUGUGGUGUAACGACGACCAGCAGAUCCUCUCAGCCGCAGAUGAUAAAACCAUACGGCUGUGGGACAGGGCCACGGGAGAGUUGGUGAAGACGCUGUCGUUCGAGGCGUCCGUGGGCAGCAUGGAGUACGUCCCCGACGGAGAGAUCCUCGUCAUCACCUACGGGAGGACCAUCGCCUUCUACAACGCUCACUCUUUGGAACUGAUCAAGACGGUGGACGCUCCGGCCUCCAUUCACUCCGCCUCCCUGCAUCCCGACAAAGACUUCUUCGUGGCAGGAGGAGACGACUUCAAACUCUACAAAUACGACUACACCACCAAAGAGGAAAUGGAGUCGUAUAAGGGUCACUUCGGGCCUGUGCACUGUGUGCGCUUCAGUCCUGACGGAGAGCUGUACGCCAGCGGCUCUGAGGACGGGACGCUGCGCCUGUGGCAGACCGCUGUAGGGAAAACCUACGGACUGUGGAAGUGUGUGCUGCCCGAGGAGCUGUCCUCAGAGAACUCGGACGCUCUGUACUGCCCUCCGGCUGAGAUCAAGGCCUGAGGUACGGAGACGGCAUGAAGAGCGAGCGGCGAGGAGAAGAGAGGAGCGGUCCAGGACAGGCCCAGAUCAGAUCCCCUGCAGAGUGCUGUGCCACCUCAAUCUCCAUCACCCAGGAAACGGGAAAUCUAAAGAAAGAAAAAAACCAACAACAAAUGGCCCGCGGAGGAGGGGGGAGGGGGAACCCGGCGGCGCGUCACGCUACACCACCCACACCACGCACCAGGAGGCAGUAGUAGAGCUGGGGGUGCUCACGUUCUGACUCCCAGCUGCCUGCUCUCUCUCUGAUGCUGUUCAACAUCAUCCGGCUCCUCCAACGCGCUGCCAUCUCACACACACACACACACACACACACAUUUUCCUUUCAUUAUCCUAACCUUCUUUUGUUUUUGUUUUUCCAAGAAUUUGUAAAAUGUGUGCUUUUAAUCAAACAAACAAAAAAAGGGGAUGCACAGUGUUUCUAUUGAGUUUAUUGGUCUCAGUGAAGGUGAUCCUGAGGAACAAGUGUUACGUCUGAUGUAAUCCACAGUGGUGACUUGGUGUAUUAUAAUCGCCCGGUGACAACGUCAGUGCUUGGGUGUUAUUUGAAACGUAAACCUGACUUUAAAAGAAAAAAAAAAGUGACUUAAGUUCUUAACUGUUUUUUUUUUUUUGUUUGUUUUUUGUUUUGUUUUUUUUCCCUUUACAACGUGACAGCUGUAAUGUGUGCUCAAUAAAGAGUUAAUGAGAAACCGUUUAGAAAAUGUGUCGAC